AUGCUCAAGAAUAACUACCAGGGUUACAUUCCACAGAAGGAUGAUGUCUUCGACUUGCAACUUUUUGGGGUCGCUAGAGCUCAUGAACUAGCUCUUACACUUCAGUGGCUCUACGAUCAGCCCGAAAGCUCCAGUGAUCGUCACGGCAUUUGGGAAGUUAUGGACAUGAUGUGGCAAGGCUCUCGUAUUAUGGAGAGAGACUGGACGAAAUUCUUUGGGGAAGACUUUCCCAAGACUCCUUCAGUCCGCUACAAGUCUCUGAACUUCAAGCACGGAGUCAACGUUGCACAAGGCCUUCGAUAUCCGGCUCAUUUGUACCGGAUGGAACCGUCUGACGAUCUCGCAUCUCUUUGUAGAGAUGCUGUUAAGAAGACCUUCGAUUACCACGGCACAGCUGCAGGAUCCAUUAGCAGCGAUGAGUACAUCGGUGGGCUUUCGCCGCAGCGGGGCUCCGAGCUGUGUUGCUCUGUGGAACUAUCGUUUUCGAUCUCCUACCUUUACCAGCUUUUCGGAGACAGCCACUUCGCCGAUAUGGUAGAGUCAGCAGCCUUCAAUGCCGUACCUGCUGGUAUCAGUGCAGACUGGUGGAGUCAUCAGUACAUCACGCAGGUCAACCAGCCCUGGGCCAAAGAGCUGGAGCUUCCAGAGGGCGAGAAAACGCCAUUCUAUGAUGUUUGCCGCAUCUCCACCAGCAAGCCAUUUGAAUUGUUAAUCAGAGUUCCAGACUGGGCCUCUCCAUAUUCUACGAUCGAGUUCAAGGGCUCAGGCUCGCUUGCUUCAGCAAAGCCGCAGCCAUUCAUACAAAACACGGAGGACAGCAGCGGCCAUGUUCACAAGAUUGACAUACCCGCGGCCGGCGACUUUGAUGUGUUCGUCACAAUCCAUGCGGAGGUCCGUGUUCAGAAGCAUGAGAACGGCUCAGUCAGUAUUCACUACGGACCUCUGCUUUACGCGUACGAGAUCGACUUCAAAACCGAGACCAGGCUGCCACGCAAUUACAAGGACCAAGCUUCAGAGUGUACCGAAAUUUCUUCCGUGGCUAACCAAGACGAGGAGCCAUGGAUGACACAUACCCGUGACCACGACUACUUGCCAACUGCCGACUGGAACAUCGCCAUCGAUCCAACACAGGGUUUAGAGGUCGUAGUACACAAGGGCCCAUGGGAGCAAGAAGGCGACAGGAAAGUUUCAGAACUUCCUAAUCCUGUAUGGAAUUCGGGAGCCUCUCCUGUGCACCUUGAGGUCUCUGCUGCUUGGGUCAGCUGGCCAACUCGGAACGGAACUGCAGCAGACCCUCUCGAUGUAGAGAAGAAGAUUCAAAGCCAGCCUUUCAGAGCGAAGUUAGUGCCAUACGCAACUGCGAAGCUUCACAUAGCACAGUUCCCUGUCGUAGACACUACAUCAUGA